AUGAGGAGAGAAGCCAUCAUCCGCCCCUCUAACAAUGGCAACCGCUACGAGCUCACCAGUCCAACGGUCAUGCCCAAGGCCGCCGGCUUCCUGUGGAACCAGAAGAUGAUGAUCCAGAUCACCUGUCGCGGUUAUGCCACGGCUCAGUUCAUGCAGCCCGAGCCGUCCAAGUACGCUCAUGCCCCGAACAUCGAGGCCAAGACGUUUAUGCAGCCCGAGCAGAACUACUACACACACCAUCCUGGCCGCUUUGUCUACAUCAAGGACCUUGAGACAGGGAAACUCUUCUCGGCCCCGUAUGAGCCAGUCCGCGCACCCGCCGACCGCUUCGUCUUCUCUGUGGGCAAGACCGAUGUCGCUUGGUCUGUCGAGAACCUCGGCAUCCGCGUCGAGAUGGCAAUGGGGCUGCCCACACACGAUGUGGUUGAGCUCUGGACUAUCAGGGUCACCAAUAUCUCGGGCCGUCCCCGCACCAUCAGCGUCACUCCCUACUUCCCUAUCGGGUAUAUGUCAUGGAUGAACCAAUCAGCUGAGUGGAAUCCUGAGCUGGUCGGCAUCGUGGCAAGCUGUGUCACCCCUUAUCAGAAAGCCGAAGACUACUUCAAGAAUAAGUACCUCAAGGACAAGACGUACUUCAUCUGCGAAACACCUCCAGACUCAUGGGAGGCCAACCAGGAGGCAUUCGAGGGCGAGGGUGGGCUUCACUGCCCAUCGGCCUUGCAGCUACCACAACUUAGCGGCAGUGAUGCGCGCUAUGAGACACCGACGGCAGCUGUGCAAUACCUCCUUUCCCUAGGACCGGGCGAAGAGCGCGAGUACCGUUUCAUAUUUGGUCCUGCUUAUGACGAAGCCGAGGUCCGUGAAAUGAAGAAUCGCUACUUGAGUAAGCAGGCCUUUCUGAGGACAGCCGCUGAGUAUGCUGCGUACAUGGAGCGGGGGCGUGGCUGUCUGUACAUUGAGACUCCGGAUAAGGAUCUGGAUAACUUUGUCAACAACUGGCUUCCUCGCCAAGUGUACUACCACGGCGAUGUCAACCGACUGACCACGGAUCCACAGACGCGCAAUUACUUGCAGGACAACAUGGGCAUGAAUUACAUCAAGCCAGAAGUCUCUCGGAAGGCGUUUCUCACGGCGCUUUCGCAACAGCGUCCGGAUGGCUCCAUGCCGGAUGGCAUUAUUUUGGUUGAGGGCGCUCAGUUGAAGUACAUCAACCAAGUUCCCCAUACUGAUCACUGUGUCUGGCUGCCUGUGACACUCGAACUGUAUCUCUCCGAGACUGGCGAUUACUCUCUAUUAGAGGAGUAUGUGCAGACGAAGAAAGAUAACUUUACCGUGUUUGAAAGACUCUGCAGGGCCAUGGACUGGCUAUUGAAAGCGAGAGACGAGCGGGGGCUCAGCUACAUUGCGCAGGGCGACUGGUGCGAUCCGAUGAACAUGGUCGGCUACAGGGGCAAGGGAGUGUCUGGUUGGCUGACGCUGGCAACUGCUCACGCAUUGAAUCUCUGGGCAGACGUCUGUGAGCAUGAGGGCAAGAAAAACCUCGCCAAACGGUACCGGGAUGGCGCAGAUGAAUGCAAUUCUGCAGCCAACAAGUACCUCUGGGACGGCGAUUGGUUCGCCCGCGGCAUCACCGACGACAACGUCGUCUUUGGUGUUAAGAAGGACCCGAAGGCCGCAUCUGGCUCAAUCCCCAAUCCUGGGCCAUCCUGA